AUGUUGACGGCCCUUCUUCUCCUCGGGGCUGGACUAGUUGGAGCACAAGUGACAAGUACGUUGCGUUAUCAAGAAGGCUAUCUUGAUCCUAACAAGCCGGCCGAUCCUUCGCUAACCAACUACUAUGCUAAAGGCCAAACCUAUCGGCCGAGGCUAGACCAGUCUAACAUGGCGUUUGAUUCUAACGAAACGGGGCCAACGGCUUCUAGUCCUAUGUUGACGGUGAUAUCACCGACUCCAUUUGUUGGUCCGACUCCGGUUAUUAGGCCUAGUUCCGUGAUUAGCCCGACUCCUUCGGUCGCACCGUCACCUCAGAUGCCUGCUCAAGAUCCGGGGAUUGCUAGACCAACUCAAGGUUCUUUUUCUGCUUCGUUAGGUAUAUAUUUAGGACUUUGUCAGAAAUUUCGCUCAAUCUUAUAAACUGGGCUAACUGUAAAGUCUUAUUCCAAAGCUUAUAUACUAUAUAUCAGGUAUUGUUUGCUAUUUUAUGAUGAUUUUUAGCUCAUGGAUAUCAACAAAACCCUCAGAAUCCAGGAUUCAUUGGACCAAGUAAGCUUUUAAAAUGGUUCAAAUAAUCCUGUGCCCUCUUUUAAAGCCAGUUCUUGUCGUCAGGGGACACAGAAUUAUUUGAACAAACUAAUAUUUGUAUAGAUCUUGACGACUAAUCAGCUACUAUAAUAAUAUAAGUCAAAUUAUAUUGUUUUAGUCGUUCCCCAGCCAGUCUUUGCGGUUCCAGAAAACAUUCCGCUGAUUGUGGACGUGGAAUGGCUAAACGAUGCUUUGUUGGUAAGUAACCUUUGUAUAAGAUAUUAAAUACAAGCUUGUUGUAUACAAGUUGUAAUCUUUAGUUUUGUAGGCUAUCUUUAAAUGGCAUUGAAACUUUACAACCUUGAAUUGUAUAGUAGAACUACAAAUUUUUACAUUUUAUGGUAGUUUUUUCUACUUCUUCAAGUGGUUACAGUUAUAAAUGCAAAAGAAAAUGCUAUUGAAUGUGAAUUUUUGUAUAGUAACAUAAUCCGAAGUUAUUUGGUUGUUUAAUUGAUUCUGCGCCUUCUAACUACAAAGAUUUGCUUUGGAAGGGGGCACUGAAUUAUUUGAACAAUUUAAUAACAUAUUAUGGCAUUACACUGUAAAAUAUUUUGAUAUUAUGCUUUGUGUUUUCAAAUCACAAUUCAGAUGCUUAUAAUGCUAUUGGCAAAUGUUAUGAUGCUGUAAACCGACAUAAACCAAUCGCUUUUAAUGCAGUCUUUACAUAUUGUUAUAGGCUUUAGAAGCCUGUUUAUCAAAAAUAACAUUCUUCAGCGACUUUAGACUCUUUUGCAAAAGAUAUAUUGCAAUAGUAUUGUAAUUCUUUCAGACUCGUAAGCCGAUAAAGGUCCUGGAUGCAACUGCCUCGCCACGCCAUCCGCCGGUGGAUUACAAGGUUUUCAGGGAUCAAUACUACGGUAACUGGGACCGGUUGUUUUCGGAAAAUGUAAGACUUGAACAGACAUCUCUAUUUAUGAUUGGUUUGCAAAUUUGAUUUGUUGGACUUUUUUUCAUAAUUGCUUAAGGGCUAAAAUUUCAAAAAAAAGUCCAGAAAGUUUGUGUUAUGCUUUGUAGUUUUCCUGAUUUUCGUGGUGGGACCUAACAAGAAAAGCGCCUGAUCUGCUCCGCUUAUUUAUGCUAAAACUUCCAAUGUUGACCAUGCUAUGUCGCAAAAACCUACAAAUAUACAACAACUUAAAGAAACGACUAUAAUAUUACAAUUUUAGGCCAACGCCGACUUCCAACGAGCUCACAUUCCAAACUCAGUCCACUUCAACCUAGACAUAGCUACCUACCCCGCCUGGAAUGAUCCUUCGGCGUUGUAUCCGCCAGACCUGUUUCAGGAAUACGUUCGCAGAUUAGGUAUCAAUCAAGAAGACCAUUUAGUCAUUUACUCUCGUGGCAGCCUGGGAGGUGCGUUGGAGAGUGCGAGGGUGUGGAAUCUAUUCAGGGUAGGGACCAAAGAUCAUGUUGUUCUUGAAUACUUGAACAUGUUUUUACUGUGUACUGCAACGUACUAUUUCAGUAAUACUGUACCGUACUAUUACUAUCAACUUUUCAGAUAUACGGACAUCAACGAUUAAGUAUCUUGGACGGAGGCCUCGGGAGAUGGAUGGCCAGCAACUUCUCCAUAUCUGACAUGGAUCUUCAUAUUGAGUUAGGCAACUGGACCGCCGCCUUUGAUCCGGGACUUGUAAUUGGGUUCGAUGAGCUGUCUAACGUGGAAGGAAAUGGCUACUGUUUACUGAACAAGCUCUACUGGGUAGGAAAUGUAUUUUCUUGUCAAACUACGUCUUCUGCCUUUGUUUUUUGACGUAAUUCUGAAGACGAGGCUACAAAAUUCACUAAUUUUCGACUUCCUUAAGGUUCUGAGAAAAUACGAAUUUUAAAAAUUUGCAUAAUACGUAGAGGUUACGUAGUGUACGGUAUUAUACCGUAGUUUUUAAUUUUUACUACUUUAUUAAGGUUAAAUUAAAAAUUUUUUAAUAUAAUGUCAUACUAUUAUAUUAAUUUACAAGGAAAGUACUUGAUCUGCCCCGCUCUGAUUGAUUUCAAACUUUUUAUAUAGAAAGACCAUGUAAAUAUAAAACCUUUAGCAAAGUACUAAGUUGCGUUUUCCAGUCAAUCACCACAAAAUCGAGACUAAAAAAUUACAUUUUGAAUUCCCCGCCAAAUUGGCAUUGUGUUUCAAGCUUAUAACUUUGUCAUUUUUUGACUUUUAAUCAUACUUCUUUGAUAGGCGAGUAGAAAACCUUUAAAUUGACCUAGAUUUUUAAAUUUGUAAGCGUAGCUUGUUUGGAAAGUCGAAAAAAGUGCUUGAAACACAAUGCCAAAUUUGCCAAAUUGGCGGGAAACUCAAAUAUUUUAAUUUUAAAACUCAAAAAGCGCGAUCUAAAAUUUUUUAUGGAUACUAUUGGUAGUACAACGAAUUUGUAUAAAAAUUUUGAGCGGAUUCUGAGCGAAGCAGGUUGGUUACUUUCUUUGUCAGAUAUAUAUAAUGCCAUAUACUAUAAUAUUAUAAAUUUCAAAAUACAACCUCAUACAACCUUAAAACAUGAUACACCCCUCACAGUGCACUAAUUGAUAUAUGGAAUUACGAAUUAAAGUGCAACCAAUUAAAAUCUGAUAUUUGAGAUGUUUAAAACCCGAGGCGACUAAUUGAAAACACUUUUAGUACAACUUCCUGGACGCACGUCCCAAACCGGAAUUCAUUGGCCUGGACCAGCCAAGAAGCACACCAACUACAGUAGCACAGAAUCCCCCAUUUGUGGGGCUAGCGGCUACUCCUGGUAUUCAUUUGCCUGGGGCCAAGUCUUUGCCGGCUGAGGACUUGGUUCGGCCUGAUGGGAAAAUAUAUCCGCCAGCUGAUCUUAUGCAAAGUAAGGGGUUACUGUUGGUUUCAAGGGUAUAAGAUAUGAUUAUGAAGACAGGUUUUCGAAAUAUUGUGGUAGACGCUAUGUUAAUUAGCGAAAAGUUAUAAUGUUGGAAAAUAUUAGGUUGUUCACAUAAUGCUGUGCCUUCUAAUAUUAUUUUUUUAUGAGAUAGGGCACAGAAUUAUUUGAACAACCUAAUAGCUGAAAAAUACUAAAUCUUAUUGAAACUUCAGGACUACGCCAAGCCGGCUACGUAGCUGGCCGUGAGUCCGUCGCCGCCGGGAACACUCCAGAAGAAGCCUCAAUGGUCGUACUCGCCUUGGCUAUGACCUACGAUUCGCGUGUGCGUCUGUAUAAUGUAAGUUAUUUAAUUAGAGGCCUAAUUAAUCUUGUUUUAGGCCUAAUUAAUGUUGUUUUAGGCCUUAUUAAUAUGGUUUUAAGCCUAACUAACUUAGUUUUAGGCCUAACUAGUCUUAUUUAGACCUAAUUAAUCUGUGUUUAAGCCUAAUUAACCUUGUUUUAGGCCGGCAUUCUCGAACUGAAACUGCGUUCCCUCAUAAUCUAG